UACACUCGCUUAAUAAACGACAGCAGUUCAUACAGGAAUAAGCAACAGCGCACCUCAAAACUCGGAGCUGUCGCCAUUUACCUGUAGCUUUUUCAGGGAUAUCGGUGUUUAUUUAACUUAAGUCCAUUCGUGUCGUAAUAUUUAAGUGUUACGGGAGAAACAACUCGUUCAGUAAGGACUUUAGUGAAGAACGCGAAUAUCCGGGAGUGUAGCAUCCGCGGCUAUCUGACUAAACGCAUCAAAUCUGACAGCCAGUAAUAUUUGUCUUUCUGUUUUAGCUGACUUUAAUGGCCGGGAAGUUUUGAUAUUUUGCUUAUUUUAUUUAACAUUUACCAUAUCGCCCAAGGACAUCUAUUUCUCGGAUAUAAUAAUCGCGAAUGCUCCGGAGGCCGCGGAGCUGCGCUGCUAGCUUCUCACUCGCGAGUCGGCCAAGGGGAAAGUGAACAGUCAUUUCAUAUCUUGGAAUUUCUGUGGACCACUAACUCUCACCUUUGACAGCUACACUCCUACACGGACUCGUAUUGUUUGAGGAUUUAUCAUUUUUUCUCAUCGUCUGAGGAUUUUCCUCCUCCGUGUCCUCAACAACCAGCGACUAGCUGCUUCCGGCGAGCUGGCGACGCCGCUCAUCUCAGGAUAGACAAAACACUCUGCCUCCUGCCCUUGAGGUGUGAGUCAGCCAGAUUUCUUUUCCUGUGGCCGUUCAGGACAGCACUGUCAGUUAUCAGUCAGUGAUGUCAGAAGAAGGAAAGCAGAGCGCCACACCUGCCCCUGCAUCCACUAUGGACAUGAAGUCUGAGUCCACAGCCUCGCCACCUACCGGCCAGGCAGUUUCAACUGUGUCUCCCCCGGUGUCCACAGUAACACAGCCUGCACUACCUGCAACUGAGGAUGAGGAGGAGGAGAGCGAAGAUGAAUCUGAGAUUCUGGAGGAAAGCCCCUGUGGACGCUGGCAGAAACGGAGAGAAGAGGUUAACCAGCGCAACGUCCCAGGUAUUGACAAUGCUUAUCUUGCCAUGGACACAGAGGAAGGUGUGGAGGUGGUGUGGAAUGAGGUCAUGUUUUCUGAACGAAAGAACUUCAAACUACAAGAGGAAAAAGUGAAAGCGGUGUUUGAUAACCUCAUCCAGCUGGAACAUUUGAAUAUUGUAAAGUUUCACAAGUACUGGGCAGAUGUGAAGGAGAACAGAACCAGGGAGUUUAUUCAGAAGUGUCUGGAGGUGGACCCCAGUAAGAGGCCCACAGCCAGAGAGCUGCUUUUCCAUCAAGCUCUGUUUGAAGUGCCUCUUUUGAAACUAUUGGCUGCACACUGUAUCGUCAGUCACCAGCACAUGAUCCCUGAAAAUGCUUUAGAGGAAAUUACCAAGAAUAUGGACCCCAACCAGGUCAUAAUGGAAAGGAAAGAGGUCCAACUCAAACUCUCACAGUUUCCUGCUUUGGAGCUUGACAAGUUUCUUGAAGAUGUGAGGAAUGGGAUCUAUCCACUGACUGCCUUCGGCAUGCCCUGCCCACAGCAGCCUCAGCAAGAGGCUGUCAAGUCCCCCAUCGUGCCACCCUCUGUCAAAACGCCUACGCCUGAGCCUGCAGAGCUGGAGACCAGGAAGGUUGUACAAAUGCAGUGCAACAUUGAGCCUGUGGAGGAAGGAGCAAAACAUCAUCUGACCUUACUGCUAAAACUGGAAGAUAAGCUGAACCGACACUUGAGUUGUGAUUUGGCACCAAAUGAGAAUGUACACGAGUUGGCCGUGGAACUGGUCCAGCUUGGCUUCAUUAGUGAGGUAAGAUGUUUCACUCAAGAU